AACGUUGGCGAGCCUGAAAUCACAUCGAAUGAAAAAUUGAUGAGCUGUGACUCUGUGACUGCUCUGUGACCGUGAUCUGUGAAGGAAGCAUCCAACUUCUAAAGCAUUAUCUGCAGUGCGCGUCGUCGUGAUUGUGUUGUAAAUAGUGAUAAAUAGUUAAGAAAAACUAAACGACCGAAGGUUUCCUGAUUUUGGCCUAAAUAAUCCAUUGGUCACAAAAAUGUUUACACAUAACAUUUAAACAAGCGUGUAACGCUAUACAAUUCCUACAUUAAAUAUAAAUGAAGAGAGACUCAACGUUUCAACGGAAUAAACGUUAUUAUAAUUGUGUUGCUCGUUGAACGGGAACCGUUGAAUAUCGUACAAUGGCAGAUUUCGACGCGAUUUACGAGGAAGAAGAAGAAAAUGAGCAACAUUUUGAAGAGCAUUAUGUGACAAUGGUGCCGGAUCCUAUUGUUAUUCGCGGCGCUGGUAAUAUGACUGUGUUUGGUCUUAGUAAUCGCUUCGAAUCAGAAUUUCCAAAUGGCCUGGUGUCACGUGUCGCUCCAGAAGAGUUCAAAGCAACUGUCAUGAGAAUAAACAGUGUAUUGAAGAAAACAUUACCAGUUAAUGUCAAGUGGCUGUUCUGUGGUUGUGUCUGUUGCUGCUGUACCUUAGGAUGUUCCCUUUGGCCUGUUAUCUGUUUGAGUAAAAGGACACAACAUUCGUUGAACAAAUUGUUAGAAUGGGAAAACAGUAGAUUGUAUCAUAAACUUGGAUUGCACUGGAGACUCGCAAAACAAAGAUGUGAUACUUCGUCCAUGAUGGAAUAUGUUCUUUUAAUUGAAUUUAUUCCAAAAAUACCCAUAUAUAAACCUGACUAAAACGAUAGAUCUGGAUUUUCUUAUGACUUGUGCACAUCACCUAAUCAGUGCAAUCUCUAAAAUGUAAAGAGCAUGUAACAAUUCUGGCUUAAGAGGAGAGGAAACGUAAAGUGUUACUAAAAAUGGCACUUGUGGGAUGCUUAUUUUUGUAAAUAUUAAGAUGUAGGAUUGCACAGUACAACAAUGAGAUAUGAAUGAGAAACAGUUCUGCUAUCUAUUAAUUUUAUUCCUAAAAAUCUGUUUGGUUAGAUGUAAAAGGAAGAUAACCUGUGUAUUGAUCUUCUAUUACAAAAAUCUUUCGUGAAUUCUAAUUUCUUCAAUAAAAGAAAAAUAGGGAAUGAUUAUAGAUAUUCGUCAAUUUGCACAGGAGAAAUGACAGAAUAGAAUUAUAGGCAAACUUAAAACGUUCUACUCAAUAUUUAGUUUACUAGUCAUUAAAACAAUUAUUAUGAGCGGGCUUGAUUACUUUGCAAAUCAUUUUUUUAAAACUUACAUCUCGAUUAGAGUUUCGAUAGUUGAUCUAGCUUUCAGGUAAGAAAUUAAUCUGAUACAGUACAACGAAUGUUAAUGAAAUAUGUAUUCGUAAUUCAAGAACGAAAAAUAAUUGUCAAGGAUGUCUGUAUGAUUGCAAAAUGCAAAAAACUAUAGAUAUCCAUUUGUACAUACUUGUGCGUUAUGCAAUAUAGAACUUUAUUUUGACCAUAGGUUGAUUUCUUACCAAGGUGAUAUUAGAAAAUAUGAUAAUAUGUAUACAUGUUUUACUUUCUGAUAUGAAUCUAACAUAAUUUAAAAUAUCAAGUACACAACUAAUAUUAAAAAAACAAUGAAUGCUAUUUUCAAUGGAAAUGUAAAUCGUUUUAAACACAAUGCAAAAUGUCCAAAUUAUUAUAAACUCGAGAAAAUAUAAUUUUUUUAAGGGGAGAAAUGUACAAUCAUCGUACAGUGUUUAAAGAUUGAGUGAAAGAUCAUUUCCAGUAACAUUUGUCACACGGUGCUUAAACAAAAUUUUAACGAAUUUCAUCCUGUAGCGAUGUGUAUCGCAUUAUAGGGUUCUGCACAGACACUUAUCAGAAAAGGAACAUGUUUUGUCAUAAAAUGAAAACUAUUAUCAUAGGAAUUAAGAAUAAUCUUGCCGAGAAUUACAUGGCUAUAACAUAUAAGAAAAUUAAAAAAAAAAAUACUGAAUGGAAAACGUUGAAUUGAAACUUGGAAAAGUGUUAAAAUUGUUUUUUUCUUUUUCAAUUCAGUGGCUGUGAUUGAGACUAUAAGACUAGUUUUCAUUUAUAAAAAUAUGUACACUAUUACAUGUCUUACUGAAUUGCUAAUAUGAUAAAUGCAACAAACAUCAUUUUAUCUCUCCACGGUUUGUACUUGAUUUACAAAAUUAUCAAUUAUACUGGUGUUUGUAUCAUAAUAAAUAGUUCGUAAAAUAUUCGAAAUUAAUUGUUAAAGUUGUAUGAUCAACAUUAUUCGAUUUAAUCAUGAUACUUGCUCUGAUGUACUGUGUAAGUGUAAUGGAACUAUAAAUGUAAAAGAAGCCUUCACUCGUCAUCUGUUUAAAGCAUAUAUAUUAUUAAAGUAGAUCUGUGCAGAAUUGAUAACUGUAAAGAUUAUGAUCUUACGUUGUGUAUUAAUAACUUGUAUUAAUAUGUAAUUGUAAUCGUAUACGUUUGUCUAUUCAUACUUUUUUUUAGUUUGAAUCGUACAAGUAUCUUUUGAUGUUUGUAAGUAAGUAAUAGAUGUAAAUAUUUUAAAAGCCAUCUUUUGAUGAACAAAGAAUAAAGAGUAAAAUGCAUUGAUUAUUAAUUGAGAUAUUAAUACAUCUCUAUGCUGUUUAUAAUUGCAAUCAUGUGGAAUUGCAAAACUGCAAUUUCAUUUUAUGGUAAAAGAAUGUAUUGUUGGUUUCUCGGAUUGUACUUUUUCUGUAGAUUGUAAAUCCAACUGUACAUCUUCGUAAGUAUGAUUGUAAAUAUGUAACAGAUCCUUAACUCUGGAGACAGUUGAUAAUCGUACAUUUUUUUUAAGAAUGCAUUAAACCUGACGAAUUUACUACUAGUUUGGACAUACAAACACACCGUUGUUAAUCAAUAAGGAAAUUACUCCUUCGAAAAUAGAUAAAGUUAUUUAUAUAUUAGAACUAUAUCAUAUAGAAAAGAAUGUUGUAUUCAGAUGGGAAGGAUGUUACAAGUGUUGACCCAACUUGUUGGAAUUGUAUAGUAUUCUUGAGCAAAAUUUAUGGAACAAGUGGGAUAUAUUUUUGAUAGUCGGAACAAAUAAUGAAAAAUACUGUCCCUAGUGUAAUAUCAGUUUUGUUGUAUUUGGUAUAUAAUAUGCUGAUUGUGUUUCGUGAUAAUGUAAUAAAGUAAUUUCUAGAAAGUCGUUUGUGAAA